CAUCAACUAAUAACCGUUCAACAUCCAACGGCUAUCAUGAACCCCAUCAACACACACUCCCCCUCAACCGUCCGAUCACAAGCGGCAAAUUACCCGUACAACAAACAUUCAAAUAUCCUCCUACUUGCAAUAACAAACCCUCUGUUUUCAUCAUCUUCAUAAAAACCCCAAGAAAACCCUCCUCUGUUUCCUUCAAUUCACCUUCAAAUCCACAAAAUUCAAACCCAAAUUCAAUCACAACCCUCAAUCCCACAUAACCAACAUGAUCAGAACUAAAAUUCGCAACAAAUUCCUCUCAAUUUCCCCCAAAAACCCAUAAAAAACCCUCCUCUGUUUCUAACAAUUUCGAAUUAUAACCACAAACCCACCAUUCAAAUCUGAUUUCCAUCACAGCCCUCGAUCUCAACCAUCGAAUAUGAUUGGAGGUAGAAGUAACAGCAAGAAACGGAAGGUGGUGGUGACGUCAGCGAAGUAUUACGGGUUACAGAGUUUUCUGCAGCCGGGUUGCCCGAUCGCUCCAUCGGGUCCGUUUCGGGACAGUGUUCGAGUGUUUCUUGAAGAGUGUUGUCAGAUGGAGGAUUAUAAUGUGGAAGGAAUGGCGAUUUGGUGCACGUUUCUGUUUCAUGAAAACAGGGGAUUUGUGCUUCCGUUGUAUACGAUUGAAGAGUGUGUUCAGAACUCGGUUCAGCCGCUUUGUGAUCAUUGCAGAUGUUCUGGAUGGAGUCACCAUUUUGUAUCAAAAAGGAAGUACCAUUUCAUCAUCCCUAUAGACAACGAAUGGAACAAGCCGAUCGACACUGGCGUUCUUGAUCUUCAAACGCACAUUUUACACGGUCUGAUCCACUCCAACGGGUUCGGUCACCUUCUCUGUAUCAACGGAAUCGAGGGCGGAUCAAGUUUCGUUUAUGGCAGAGAAGUUAUGGAUCUUUGGGACCGAAUCUGCACAACUCUUCACAGCAGGGAAAUAAGCAUUGUGGAUACAUCAAAGAAGAGACAGAUGGAUCUUCGGCUUUUAUACGGGGUAUCAUACGGGCACACGUGGUUUGGAAGAUGGGAUUACAAGUUUUGCCAUGGGAGCUUCGGUGUCACGAAGAAACAAUACGAGCAAGCACUUAAGACUCUAAGCUCGCUAGAACUCGACAUGAUCAUUCGUAAUAUGAAUAAUCGUUCCAUCAAGAAACUGAUUGGUAGAUAUAGAGAAUUGAGUGAUACCCACUUGGUUACAAUCCGAGAUCUGUUUAGAUUCAUGCUUAAUCUCAAGUUUCAGUCCCUGCAAACGAAGAACGACGUUGUUUCCCAUUCGAAAACAAGAUCGAAUAAGAAGGAGAAACAUGUUGUGAGGUGCAGAAAGUUUCCGAAUAUGGCUGCUAAAUUGGACAGCAGAUGGCAUGUGAGAAGGCUUGAGGAUGUUGCUAAUGUGGUGGUGAAUGCUCUAAAAGAAAAGAAAACUAUGAUCAGGCAAGAGGUCCGGGACACAGCGCGGUUACACAUUGGUGACACGGGUUUGAUCGAUUUCGUGCUGAAAUCGAUGAAUAAUGUGAUUGUAGGAGGAUAUGUGGUUCGUCGGGCGGUCAAUUCUACGACAGGCGUGCUUGAGUAUUCACUUAAAGAGUGCAAACAAGAUGAGGAAUUGACUGACCGAGUUGACUCUGUGGUUUCGGAGAGUGAUGUAUACAAAGAUGUCGUGUACUUGUAUCAGCAUGUUUUGCUAGAUUCGGAUUCUGAAACGGUCGAGUUUGCUGUGAGGACGGUUUUGGACAGCAAAAACUUUACGAAAGAGUGGCCUUUUAACGACGAUGAUGAGUUUUUGCGGUUUGUUUGUCGAGUUAUUCCGUUAACGACCGCCGAGUCGAGGAAAAGCUCAAGCGGGGAGCUGGUGGUGGUGCCGCUUCACGCCACUAUUCGGGAGUUAAAAGAAGCCUGCGAGAAGGCUAUGCGGGACACUUACUGUGUCAUGGAGAAACUAAAGGUGACAGAGAUUGUGGAAGUAGAAGGAUUGGAUGAGGAGGAGGUGAUAUUCGGGGCACUCGAGUCAGGGUCGGAGAUCAGGGUGAGUGGGUUCGAGGUCGACUUGGAGAGUGCUAGUGACCUGAAGUAUGAAGGUGGCGCGGAUAAUUGGGUUGUGAAGUGUCAAUGUGGGGCUAGGGAUGACGAUGGUGAGAGGAUGGUGGCGUGUGAUCUUUGUGAGGUUUGGCAGCAUACUCGGUGCAGUGGGAUAGGAGAUAGGGAGGUGGUUCCACCGCUGUUCAUGUGUUACCGAUGUUGUGAGUCGAUAGACGACUCGAACAGUCCUGAUGAGCAGGUGGAUGGUAUAGAGUGGAUGAUGGUCACGGAUCACAUUGAUCUUUUUGCUAGCUAAAAGAUUCAAUUCAUUUGUUUACAAUAUUUUUGUUGUAAACUUUGAUUCUAUUUGUUUACAAUGUUAUUGUUGUAAACUUUGAUUCUUUGAAGAGAUACUCCAAUUCAUUUGUAAACA